AUGUACUUCACCAACGUUCUUAUCACCAGCAUCCUUGCUGCCACCGCUGCCGCCAUGCCCCGUCCUAACAUGGUUGCUCGCGACGCCACCUCCACAACUUCCAGCACCAGUGCCAGCUCCACUUCGUCUGGUUCCGGCAGCGUCCAGAUCGUCAACAACUUGGACACCAACGUCUACCUGUGGAGCACCUCGUCUACCUCCGGUGGCAUGCAGACCCUCAACUCUGGCGGCGGUACCUACAGCGAGGAGUGGCAGACCAACCCCGAUGGUGGCGGUAUCUCCAUCAAGCUGUCCACCACCGACAACGAGGACAGUGUCCUCCAGUUUGAGUACACUGAGGAAGGCGAGACCCUUUACUGGGAUCUUUCCUCCAUCAACCUCGAGUCUGACUCUGAUUUCAUCACUUCCGGUUUCUCCGUUGUCCCCAGUGACUCUAGCUGCACUACUGCCACCUGUGCUGCUGGUGAUACCAACUGUGCUGCCUCUUACCAGCACCCCGAUGACACCGAUACCAACUCUUGCUCUACCAGCGCCCAGUACGUUGUUACUCUGGGCUAA